CAUGCAGUACACGGGCGUCUAUCUAGUAUCUUCAGGCCGGCCGGCGGGAAUAGUCAAAAUAGUGUAAUCAUCAUCUUACAUUAUUAUGAUCAAACAGUGUCAACAAAAUAUGAUUUUUGUCAUCCACAGAGGAGUGCUUCGUUGAUUUGCGUGUGUAUUCACUCGGUUUGGACUAAAUUUUUUUCGACCGUUUCGUUCUCAAAUUUAUUAGAGUUUCGAUAUCGUACUUCAUGUAUGCUGUCGCAUGUAUAGGCCUACGUCAGACUCCAUUUGGACUUUUUCGCCUUUUUACCGGAGUCACUCCAAUCCGACGCGACAACGUAGUACUUGUACUUAGUAGCCAGUGAUUUUAGUCAGAAAAAGCUAAAACCUAGUAGGAAUCAUCUAUGAACUGCCACGUAGUCCUACACAAGCUGCAAGACAUGUAUCGAGUCACCGAUCUGGAAGAUGCCUUGCCAGUCACACCGACCAAGUCUGUCCAUGUAGAGAUCUGCCAGAGCCCGUGCAGCACAGUGCACAGGGAAUCCAUCAAGGAUCACGUGACUAAGCUGCUUCACAGACAGCGGGUGUCCUAUGGGGACAUGACCCUGACGGAAUUUGACGAUCCGUAUCUGAAGGAGCACGUCAAGUGGGUUGCAAUAUGCGACACAGAGUUGGACGUCUCUGGCAAGCAGGCAAUUGAUCUGUGCCAAUCAGAGCUUCACCUCCAUGUGUUCCAACUUUCCAAUGAGGGUCCAGGGAUGGAAGAACUGGCGGACGAAGAGAUUGCAGCUGCCUCCCAUUGGCUGCUGCCGGCAGCUGACUUUGAAGGUAUCUGGGACAGUCUUGUCUUUGACUCCUGCGUCAAGUCCAGCCUCCUGCACUACGCCACCACAACACUGCUGUUCUCUGACUGCAAGGUGGAUCCCAACAUCAUAUCGUGGAACAGAGUGGUCCUACUGCACGGUCCACCUGGCACAGGAAAGACCUCGUUAUGUAAAGCCCUGGCCCAGAAACUCUGCAUUCGACUAUCUGACAGGUACAGCUAUGGUCAGCUGAUUGAGAUCAACAGUCAUAGUCUCUUCUCCAAGUGGUUCUCGGAGAGUGGCAAAUUGGUGAUGAAGAUGUUUCAGAAGAUCCAGGAGUUGAUUGAUGACCAGGAUGCCUUGGUCUGUGUUCUCAUCGAUGAGGUGGAAAGCCUGACAGCAGCCAGAAAGAGUUCACUCAAUGGCACCGAGCCAUCUGAUGCAAUCCGCGUCGUCAAUGCUCUCCUGACACAGAUCGACCAGAUAAAACGCCACCCCAACGUCCUGAUUCUAACCACUUCCAACGUGACUGAGGCCAUCGAUCUGGCCUUUGUUGACCGGGCGGACAUCAAGCAGUACAUCGGACCCCCAUCACCAUCAGCCUGCUUCAAAAUCUACCACUCCUGCAUCAAUGAACUCAUGCGGGCACGUAUCAUCAGCCCCGCUCAGCAACUUCUUGACCUCAGGGCGCUAGAGGUCAUGAGGUUCAUAGAGAACGAUGCCACGAAACUCAGUCUAAAGCUCAAGGAAAUUGCCUGUAAGAGCGAAGGACUUAGUGGUCGGACCUUGAGGAAGUUGCCUUUCCUAGCCCAUGCUCUCUUUGUCAAGGCAAAUCCAGUGUCUCUUGAAGACUACCUCGCUGCCCUCUCAGGAGCUGUUGACAAGCAGUUUGAAGAACGCCAGCUGCUAAAAGACACUUGAAUCCGUUCAGUCCCAGUUGAUGUCUGGUGACCUUCCACUUAUACAUAACCAAGAAUACUGACCAAAGAAAUAAAAAAAGAAAAAGGAAAAAAACACAUGCAGUUUUCCCAAGCAGAACAUGACUGUGAACGACUCCUAUAUCCAGAAAAGGCAGACUAUGUCAUGAACUGGCUAGCAGUCUUUUCAGUUUGUAACCAAUGUUACCCACUCAAUGUUGUUUCGUGUACCAUAGUUUUUGUUCAGUUAUCAAUAAUUAGCAGGAAUCUUUUUUACCUUGAGCAUAAAAACCUUAAGCAUUUUGAGUUGUGAACAGUCAAGAGUACAUUCAGGUUUAUGGUCAUAGGCUGCCAGAAUGGUAGAACAGGAGAUGGUGCCUGGCAAUGGUGAGAGAUAUUCAAUCAAAUAUCUCCGCAUUGGAAAACCACUGGUCCUCCAAGAUAGAGAUUUUUCCCUAUUUUGAGGGAAAACAGUCUCAACAUAGGGAUAAGGAUAGGUUGUGCCAAACACCUCGGGGGGCCGCUUUUUUUUUGCCAUUUCCCAGGAUGGGGUAAUGUAUAGUUGAGAUAAGCGAUCAAUAGGUGUGAAGCCUCUCAAAUAAGUUAGUACAGUUAGUAGCUUAUGCUUUGUUUCACCACCAAACUGAAUGCACUGGCAGACCAGGUUGUGGGGGGAGGGGCCAAGCAGCCCUCAACUGAAGCUUUCAUAUAAUAACUCAGGAAAAACAAGGCUUUAGUGUCAGUUACAGAAGACUUGACUACACGUACUUUUGUUUACAACUGGAUUGGUAAUUUGGUCAACCAGUUUUUUGUUUAACUUAUUGCUCUCGGUAGCAAUGUACCCUAUGUGUUGUACAGUUAUUUGUUUUUAUGUUAAGCUGUCGGGAAUGGAAUGUUUCAAAUAAAUGAAAAGGCCACUACCACUUGAACAGCAUUAAA